AUGACCGGUCAAAAACACGUCGUAUUCGACGUGGUCGGUACAUGCGUCUCAUUCGACGCCUUCUACAAUGGCAUUGACAAAGUCAUCGGCGAGCGCCUCCUAGCCCGAAACAUCACAGCUCGCUCUUUCGGCUUCACCUGGAUGACAGCAGCCGAAUUGGAGUUUACCUUCCUCUCCAUAUCCGAACGCUACAAGCCAUAUAAAGAAGUCAUGUCGGCCCUCUUCUUCCGCACACUAUACAUGAUGGGUGUCGAGGACCCGCGUGCUUUCGCUACCGAAGCUGAGCGAGACCAGUGCGCACAGGGGUACUCCGAGCUGGAGCUGCGCCCAGGAACGAAAGACUGCUUUGCGAAGCUACGCGAUGCAGGUUUCACGGUCUGGUGCCUGACGACCGGGGACACCAAGCGUGUACGUGGAUACUUUGAGCGCGGUGGGGUUGAUAUGCCUCUUGAGAACUUUAUUAGCUGUGAUACGGCUGGUGUGGCGAAGCCGGCGCUGGCGGCGUAUAGACCUGCUUUGGCCCAAUUUAAGGAAGAGGAUGCGAAGUGGUUUGCGGCGGCGCAUAUGUGGGAUGUUACGGCUGCUGUGAAGGUGGGCUUCCGGGGUGCUUAUUGCACUGUAUAUGAGAAGGAGUCUUGUGCCGAGAUUUUUGAUUCAGAGCUUGAGGUUGUUGAGGACACCCUGCCUGCGAUGGCGGAUAAGAUCAUUGCGGCCUCGCUCUGA